AUUGUAUUUAGUGUGACGUUUACAAAUUCCUCUCGGUGUGUCGUAAAUUUGCGAAAAUUCGCCACGCAGCAUGGGAGAUGCGCCGGCUACAGAUAUGGACUCUAAUAUACCUAGUCCCGAGAGUGAUGCCCCUUCUGAAUUGGACCGGCAGCCUUUUGGGGGGCUGGAAUUCCAGGUUUCUGAGGUAGUUGGAAGGCUAGAAGCCGGGGUUAAUGCCCAAGAUGUUGAAGAAGAGGAAAAAAAACCGGAAACCAGAAAAAUAAGUACUGGUUUUUUCGAACCAGAAGAAAUGCCUAUGGAUGAUAUUCUAAAAGUUUUAGAAGAUCUUGUUUUGAAAACUGAUCCUAGUUGUGAGAGUAUGGAGCCCCCAUUAUUACCUACCGAUGCUGUGACGCGAGCAGCGAUCUUGUCUCAUAGCAUAUCUGCUUUAUUUGCACGAUUAGAAAGAAGUCAUGCAGCUAGACUUGGCGCUCAUAUAGCAAGCGAGACUACGCGCUGGAUGUCUCAUAUGUUCAGAUUAACAGAUUACAAUGCUUAUUAUCACCAAGAACAGAUGGAGGGCCUCGUUCGUGUUACCAGGAUGCUUUUACAUCACAGAUACCCUCGAUAUCUCGAAGAUGGAGCGUUGGCGUUUGCAAGCCGUCUCCCUUCUAUAUACAGCUGCGUGGCGAGUCCUCUGGGCGUUGUGCAACAUCUCUGCAGGCAGCUCGGUCUGCCGCUCGCCUGCGUGAGACCUGUUCCCGUUUGUGCUAAUGGUAAGAGUAUGGAUCUGGAGGCUCUGGAGCGGCUGUGCGCGGAGGACGCGGCGGGGGGCCGCACGCCGCUGCUGGUGCUGGGCGAGGUGGGCGGCCCGCCGCUGGGCCGCGGCUGCCCGCUGCGCGCGCUGGCGGCGCUGUGCGCGCGCACGCACACGCACCUGCACGUGCGCGGACACGCGCUGGCGCUGCCCGCCGCCAUGGGCCGCGACGAGACAUAUAGCGUAGCCGACUCCCUCACAUUAACGCCCGGACCUUGGUUCGGUGUUCCCGGCUUGCCGACUGUUACAUUUUACAAAAUACCAGAACCGAUCACAGCAAACGAACAUUCGAAAGGAGUCAAUGCGUCGGGCAGCCGCGAGGGCGCGCUGGCGGCGCUGGCGGGGCUGUCGGCGGGCGGCGCGCGGCUGGGCGCGCUGCCGCUGUGGACGUGCGCGCGCGCGGCGGGCGCGGCGGGGCUGGCGCGCCGCCUCGAGCGCGCCUUCCGCAACGCGCGCGCCGCCCGCGCGCUCGUCGCCGCCGCCGACCUCAAGCUGCUGAGUGAUAGACCUGGAGGUGACGAACCUCCCAACGUAGAUUUGGUUGAAGCAGUGAGCCAAGCGUCAGCGUGUGUAGCCUUUCAGUUCGCCCCACCGGAUGUGGACAAACCGCCAGCGUAUUACGAUAAGCUGAAUUCAUGGCUAGGACAGGUGUUACAGAGAGAGGCCGAUAUGGUCAGCAUCGAGGUGUGCGAGACGGAGGCGCACGGCGUGGUGCUGCGCUACUGCCCGCUGGAGGGCGCGCCCGACGCCGGCGCGGCGGACGCGUGGGCGGGCGCGCUGGAGGCGCAGCUGUCCGUGCUGCGCGCCACCGUGGCGCUGCGCGAGCCCUUCCGCCGCCGCCUCGCGCAGCACGCCACGCUGCGCCUCGUGCGCGUGCCCGGCUGGGCCGGUCUCGGUGGUGUUCGAUACGUACCUCCAGGGUGGGAGGAGGCGCCCAUUGAAGAGCUGAACUCUCUUAAUCGCCAGCUAGUCGAAACAUUAAGGGCCACCGACGGUGCCUUCUCGUGCGGCGAUGGAGAAGACGGGAUGGCUUGUGUUAGAUUUGGUAUGGUGACGGCGGACACGGACGUGGACGAGUUGCUUGACUUAGUGAUAUCUGCGGGGAAGGACGUUGAAGAGAAUUCCAAACAACUUACUGACAUGACUGAAGUUCUAAAGAAGGGCAUCAGCGCGGCGCAGGAGGAGCUGGCGCGCGAGGCGUGGCAGGAGGGGCUGCUGCGGCGCGUGCCCGUGGUGGGCCGCGUCGUGUCGUGGUGGGCGCCGCCCGCGCCGCCCGCCGGCCGCCGCCUGCUGCUGGCGCACGGCACGCUGCAGACCACGGAGGACAUCUACAGACGCGUACAGAAGAAAGAAAACGAGGAGCCUGCGCGUGCGCAUUCACCCACGAGACAAAACAAACAGGAAGAGCAAUAGCAGUUAACUCGUGAGUUCGAACUCACACAUGAAACUAUUGUAUAGUAACAAAUAAUUAACUUUAUUACUACGUAAUAAAGUUGAAAAUAUAAUAAACUUCUGAUGUAUAUAACUAAUGUAUAAUCUACGGAGUGGAUAAUUAGAGAAAAAUUUAUUUAAACACUGUAUCACAUUAGUAUAAUCCGUGCCAAUAUAGAAAUAGUAUAUUAUAGUCGAGGCCGGAAAAAUAUUCAUAGUAAAAUUUUAUAGAAAAGCAUUAGACUUAUAAUUAAAGAUUAAUUAAAAAUUAUAAUUAUUAAAAGUUAUGUUUCCCAAACGGUCAUAUUUAUUUUGUUCGGCCUUGAGACGGUCCCUUGAAGAAGACCAGAUUCAAAAGUAAAACAGGCUUGCGGGUUUUUUUUAAUUCAUUUAUUUCCCGCCCA